AUGGGUACAAAGACAGAAGAAGAGCCGUUGCAAGGCGAACCGAGGAGAGAUUCGACGAAAAAUGAGGGAGACGAUGAUGGAAAGGGUUUAGCCAAAUCACUUGGCCUCUGGAAUGGAGUCUCAAUCAUUGUCGGUUGUAUCAUCGGCUCAGGCAUUUUCGUCUCACCCACAGGCGUUCACGAGAAAGCCGGCUCUGUUGGUGUCUCGCUUUUGGUGUGGGUUUCGUCGGGACUUUUUGCCGCUAUCGGGGCUUAUUGUUACGCAGAAUUGGGCACAUUGAUACGAAAAUCCGGCGGCGACUAUGCUUACAUCAUGGAGGCUUUUGGACCAUUUCUCGCUUUUUUGAGGCUAUGGAUUGAAGCAAUUGUUGUGAGACCAUGCACAGCUACAAUUGUGGCAAUCACAUUUGCCAUUUACAUGCUCCGACCAUUCUUCCCCGAUUGCCCUCCACCAGAUGGAACGAUUCAAUUGCUGGCAGCAGUUUUGCUUUUGGUAUUGACUGCCAUUAAUGCUCUGAGUGUACGUAUCGCCACCUUUGUUAUGGAUUUCUUCACGCUAGCCAAAAUCUUUGCUCUUUGCUGUAUUAUUGGAACCGGAGCGGUCUUGUUGUGUACAGGAAACCCAAAGUAUUAUGACUCUUUCGACAAUAUUUGGGAAGGGACAGCGAAGGAUUUACAAGCUGUUUCACUGGCAUUUUAUUCAGGUCUUUUCGCAUAUCAAGGUUGGAAUUAUUUGAACUUCAUCGUUGAGGAGUUGCAGAAUCCAAAGAGAAACCUUCCCCUUGCCAUCAUUAUUUCCUGCUCAUUGUGCACAAUCAUUUACACUUUGACGAAUAUCGCUUUGUACACUGUUGUCUCUCCCGAUGAGAUGCUGGCCUCGCCAGCAGUAGCUAUUUUGUUUGCUGAGAAAAUGUAUGGGAAAUUCUCUUUCGUCAUGCCGAUAUUCGUGGCUUUCUCGACGAUUGGAUCAGCUAAUGGAGUGAUUUUCACCUCAUCCAGAUUGUUCUAUGUCGGUGCUCGAGAAGGCCAAAUGCCCCGAGUGCUCACAAUGAUCAACAAGCAGACGCGCACACCUGUCCCAGCCGUUUUGUUCACUGGAUUUUUGUCUUUGUUAUAUCUCGGUUUAUCGAAUAAUGUUUUCUCUUUGAUCAACUACAUUCAAAUCGUUUACUGGAUUGCGAUCGGUGCUGCAAUGGUGGCAUUGUUGUGGUUCAGGCGAACAAUGCCGGACGCUCCUCGGCCUAUCAAGGUGCCUCUCCUCUUCCCAAUCGUCUUUCUUUUUGGAUGUUGUGCUCUCGUCGUUUUACCAAUCAUCGCUGAUCCAAAAGAAACAGCUAUCGGUAUUCUUAUCAUGCUUUCUGGUGUGCCCGUUUAUUUGAUAUUCCUUGCUUGGAAGAGUAAGCCGAAGUUCUUCCAAACAUUGACAGAUGGGAUGACCACUUUCUGUCAAAAGCUUUUCUUGGUGGUCGACGACGAGAAACAAGAA